AUGACGACACCGAAGGCCGACGACGGAGUCCCAAAGUACCCACAUCCAGCAGUCCCCGACUUUGCUCAGCCCAAGAAUGGCAACGGCAACAAGGGAGAGACCACGGAGCGUGCAAAGGAGAAGCUGGAGGAAGGCAAGGAGAAGUUGCAGCAGACGGGCGAGAAGGCCAAGGAGGCGACGAGGAGCGCAGCACAGCGUGUAAAGGAGACUGCUGAGUCAGCCAAGGAGAAGACAAAGGAGACAGCUGAGGCUGCCAAGGAGAAGACAUCUCAGGCUGCCCAGAAGACCAAGGAGACCACCUCAUCAACCACCCAGGGGCAUGGUCCCUCCUUCACUGAGCGCGUCAAGGAGGCCAUCGGCCUGAAGGGCGCGGAGCACGUGCCUGAGGUAGUUCCCUCUGCCCACAUUUGCAUUAUUAUUAAUAACAUUUUUAUUAUUAUUAUUAUUACAUGGUCGGCGAACCCAAAGCCAGAGGCCAUAGGGCAUACACGCAGGGCGUCUGGAGCCACAUCUGCGGGGCCUGCAGUAGCGGACAAGUUCCAGAAGGCGGAGGAUUUCACGGAGGAGGCCAAGCGGGCAGCUCGCGAGGCACACCUCAAGGCCGAAGAAGCUCUGCACAAGCAGGCUGAGGCACAGGCAAGCAUUCUCUCACUUGCUUCCUCGAUCUAUUGUGGCAUCAGGUGGAUGAAGAGGGCGGCAUUCAACGAGCGGGCUGCCAAGGACCGUGGCAAGAGCCGCUCCGAGGCCGAGCGCCUGCAGGAGAUCAAGAAAAUGGAGGAGCAGGCUGCGCAGAAGCGGGCGGAGUUUGAUCGCGCCAAGAAGGCGGCACACCAGAAGGUGGUAGAAUACGAGGCUCUGCGCAAAGAAGCCGAGAAGGAAGAGGCUGAAGUGCGCGACAAUAGCCGGUUCAUUGAGGAGAAGAAGCACGAGGUUGAGGAGAAGAAGAAGGAGGUUGGGCUGCUGGAGAAGGGGAUGAGCUCGAUCAAGCAGACGCUGUCGGCCCUGCUGCACCCCUCCGGCCAACCCCAGACCACCUACGACGAUGCCAUCGCCGGAGCCUGGGGACGCGUCGACCAGAAGAAGGAUCAGGCGCAGCUGCCGCGGCGCGAGUGGGAGGAGGCGGACGCAAAGGCCAAGGAGCUGGAGGAAGCUGCGCGCGAGGCCAGGCGCGUGGCGAAUGAGAAGCUGGAGAGGCUGAAGGCAGUGGAGAAGGAGAUCCAGGAUGCAGAGGCCGAGGCACAGAAGCUGGAGCAGGAGAAGCAGCACAAGGCAAAGGAGGCUGAGCGCAAGCAGGCUGAGCUGGAGGAUGCGAGGCAGGCGCUGGAGCGCAAGAAGGCCGAGGAGCAGCGCGCAGAGAAGGAGCUCCAGCAAGUCGAGGACCAAAUCAAGGAGCAAGCCAAGCAGGCCGAGGAGAAGAUCAAGGAGACAAAGGCCAAGCGAGAGGAGUUCGAGGAGAAACGCGAGCACCUGAACGAAGCUUCGCGCGAAGCCGCGCGCGCGAUUGCCGAUGCGAAGGAAGCCAAGGCGCAGGAGAGCCGCCUGGCAGCUGCUGCCAAGUCGCACCAGAAGGUUGCCGAGACCGAGGAGCAGACGGCCGCGCGGCUGGCGUCAGAGGCGAUGCGCGCGAAGGAGGAGGCGGAAGCUCUCAAGAAGAAGGAAGAGGAGCUGUGGGCAAAGGCCAAGGCGGCUGGCCGCGCGGGCGAUGCCGAGAUAGAGUCCAAGCUGCAGCAGAUGCAGAUCCACAUCUCCGAGCGCUCCGCUGUGGUCAAGCAGGAGGAGUGA